AUGGCUGAAUGUGGUGACGUUCUGUCUGAAACCGGUGGUUGGCAAAGAAAACCGAUAUGUUUAUUAGUUUUGGGAAUGGCUGGAUCUGGUAAAACUUCUUUGGUUCGUCGUUUAGCUACACAUCUUCAUUCAAAAAAACAACCUCCUUAUAUUGUCAAUUUAGAUCCGGCUGUUAGAGAAGUACCCUACCCGGCAAAUAUCGACAUUAGAGAUGCAAUUAGUUACAAAGAAGUUAUGGAAAAAUAUAACUUGGGACCAAAUGGUGGUAUUGUGACUUCAUUAAAUUUAUUCUCCACCAAAUUUAAUCAAGUCAUCGAUUUAGUUAAAAAAUCAAACUCUGAAAUUGUAAUUUUCGAUACUCCCGGUCAAAUUGAAGUGUUUACUUGGUCUGUAUCUGGAAACAUUAUAUGCGAAUCUCUAGCCUCUUAUUUUCCUACCAUAGUUUUAUAUAUUGUAGAUACAGUCAGAAGUGUAUCUCCUACUACUUUUAUGUCAAACAUGUUGUAUGCUUGUUCGAUAUUGUAUAAAACUGGUCUUCCUUUUAUCGUAGCAUUAAAUAAGGUAGAUGUAGUAGAUUGCAAUUAUGCAUUGCAAUGGAUGAAAGAUUUUGAAGAAUUUCAAGAAGCUCUUGAAGCUGACACCUCUUAUAUAUCUAAUCUGACUAGAUCCAUGUCUUUAACAUUAGAUACCUUUUACAAAGAUUUAAAAUGUGUUGGAGUAUCUGCCUUUUCAGGAGAUGGAAUGAAUAGACUUCAUGAAUUAAUCAAUGAAGCUGCAGAUGAGUUUGAAAAAGACUAUAAAGUUGAAUGGGAGAGAAAAAGACUUGAAAGCCUUAAACUUGCAGAAGAAAACAAAAACAAUGAUGAAAAUUUAAUUUCUGAAGGAAAACCAGUUCCUCUAAUAACUGAAAUUAGUGCGAGUAGGGAAAUUACUGAUGUUUAUUUAAAGCAUCCUGGAGAAGAAGAAGAAGACGAUUCUGAAGAGGGUGAAGAGGUUGGUGUUGGAGAAAGCGAAGAAGUUGAAGAUGAAUCAUUUGUACAGUUCGUUGCCAAACAUAAAAAAAAAGCCGGUGAAAAAAUGCAGUUGAAUAAAUAA